CAAAGGCCGGCUCCUGAAUAUAUAAUCGCGACACAGCAAUUUAUUUGGAGCUAUGAUUUACCCACGCAUUUGUACAACAAGGUCCAUGUGAGAUAUACAAAGGAUCUUCGAUCUUUUGUAAUCAUCCAUCGCGAGUCGCCCAUCUACAAGAGAAAUACUCAAGCUUAAUCUAGUUUGAAGGCAAUAGCGCCACAGCCUUUUCGCAGCCUUCAUUCACCAUGUUGAUUCUUAUCGCUGGCAUCACUGGAUAUCUAGGCAGGGAACUGGCUAAGUACGGCCUUGCGAAACAACACCAGAUCAGGGGUUUUGGUCGAUCACCAUCUAAACUGCCACCGCAUCUCCUGGAUCAGCUGGAGUCCUUCGUUCAAUGUGACGACUACCAAGACAGGGCAGUUUUGGAUAAGGCACUAUCGGGUGUAGAUGCCGUAAUAUGCGCUUAUUAUCCAAUAGCGUCGGCGGUUAUUGAAUCUCAGCUGAGUCUCUUCCGCGCCGUUGAGAGGGCUGGGGUCAAAAUAUACCACGCGCACUCUUGGAACUUUGACUGGAGUAAGCUUAAGUUUGGCGACUUUGAACUAUACGACUCAUAUAUAAGUUUUCGACGACAGGUAGAGCUUACAUCGUCCAUUAAACCUGUGUUUGUUUUCACAGGCUUAUUCGCCGAGCUGUCAGUAAGCGAGCACUUUGGCAUUGGCAACAUAGUGGACAGCCCAGACGGAAAGGUUCUUACCUACUGGGGCGAUGGAGACACCAGAUGGAGUUUUACCUACAUGCCAGACGCAGCGCGUUUCAGCAUGGAUUUGAUCACAACCAACCAGGCGGUUCUGAAUGGCGAAGGCGGUUUGUUCAGUGUCCAGUCGGCAGCAGCAAGUGCGAGAGACCUAGCCGCGGCUUACGAGAAAAAGACUGGGGACAAAGUGCAGCUCAAAUCCCUUGGGAGCGUCGAGGAUGCCGAAGCCAAGUUAACUCAUGUCAGGACGACUAGUGGCAUGGCGGCAUUCUUCACUAUAGCCUACCUAUAUGGGCAGGUUGCAACCAUUCGCGGCUGGUGGAACCUAGACAACCCCAAGACCGUCGGCAGUCCGGAUGCUGUUGAGCGUCUGUUCGAUAGUCAAAUCGAUAGAUCGGCAGAAUUCGGGCUGGGCUAGUCUGGCGUGUAAAAUCACGUCUACUAACUUGUCCUUUGAGGUUCUUGAUGUUUGAUUGUAAGCAGUCACUAGAUGUCAGAACCAUGACUUUCUUUCACUUUGGGUUACGAUAGAGAGCUUGACCACUUAUUUGUUGUCCAUUCUAUACAUGAUGGGUACUGGUACAAUAUAAGUACUUGAUAGUCUCCUGUAGCUUAAUAUGAUGCACUUCGGUCAGAAUU